AUGUUCCUUUGUGUGUGUCCGUUCCUUCCACGGGAUGCGUGUGUACUCCUGUCUUCGAACAGCGGAAAUUUUCUUAGCACGUCGUUCUUCCCGGAAUGUGACUUUAUAGAAAUAGAAAUCAAAUACGGUAUUCUACAGAUUGCCGAGGCUUUGUGUUAUUUGCACGUCACAGAACAGAUGAUGCAUCGCAAUAUUUCCCCGCAGUCAAUCCUUCUGACCAAACGCGGAGGUUGGAAAAUGGCUGGACUUGGGUUUGCUGAAAAAGCACUUAAAGAUGGCAAGGAUACUUACCUAUGCCAACCAUGGACAACCAAACUGCCGAAAAUGGCUCAACCCGACUUGAAUUAUAUGGCACCUGAGAUCCUUACUGACAAGACGUGCACUUCUCUCAGCGAUAUAUUUUCCUUGGGAAUGGUUGUGUGUUCAGUUUAUAAUUCUGGUAAACCGUUGAUUGAAGCUGAGCACAGCGUCAGCCUUUAUCUGAAAAAACUGGACCAGGUAAUAUUAUUCUUUUUCUUUCUUGAUUAUUAUAGUACUCAUUGGUAUGUUUCUCUACCUUUUUACUUGUAUUUGUAUAUGCAUUGA